AUGGCAUUUCCUUCCCCUCCGUCAAAGUCUUCCCCCACCUUUAACAGUUACUUCCUCCUUAUCAUAGUCAGCUUUGUCUUGGUAGCCAUUGCCAUCACCCUACUCUUAAACUCCUAUAGAUGCCUGCAAAUGGAGUCCUUUUUGCAAUGUUUCAGAAGAUGCUGGAUCAAAAAAGAGCCAAAAGCUGUAGAAAUCAUACCAGUUUGCAGGUAUAAGGAAGAGCAAUCAUUCAGUACUGAGUGUUCAGUUUGCCUUACGGCGUUCCAGGAAGGAGAGAAAGUGCGGCAGCUGCCGGCAUGUAGGCAUUCCUUUCACGCUCCUUGUGUGGAUAUGUGGCUAUAUUCUCAUUCGAGCUGCCCUUCAUGCCGGGCACUGGUGCCGCAGGCAACAAUGGAGGAUUCAAGACAGCAGAGGUUGGAGAAUAGGGAGGUGGCUGUCGCUAUUGUGUCUGCAUUGUGA